CGAGGGUCCCGCACUGCGCAUGCGCACUGUGCACCGCGGUGUUCCGGAACAGGAAGUGACGCACAGGCCGCGGCGCCAUCUCCGGUGGGGCCGAUGCCGACGGAGAAGAUGGCGCUGGACGGGCCCGAGCAGAUGGAGAUGGACGACGGCAAGGGCGGCUCGGGGCUCCGGCAGUAUUACCUGUCCAAGAUCGAGGAGCUGCAGCUCAUCGUGAAUGAGAAGAGCCAGAACCUGCGGCGGCUGCAGGCGCAGAGGAACGAGCUCAAUGCCAAAGUGCGGCUGCUGCGGGAGGAGCUGCAGCUGCUGCAGGAGCAGGGGUCCUACGUGGGAGAGGUGGUGAGAGCCAUGGACAAGAAGAAGGUGCUGGUCAAGGUGCACCCAGAGGGGAAGUUUGUGGUGGAUGUGGACAAGAACAUCGACAUCAAUGAUGUGAGUGCCCCCGGGGCUCUGGGGGUCCCCAGGGCUGGCAGGGACACCCAGCCCCCCGUGCUGUCCCCACAGGUGACCCCCAACUGCCGCGUGGCCCUGCGCAACGACAGCUACACCCUGCACAAGAUCCUGCCCAACAAGGUGGACCCGCUCGUGUCCCUCAUGAUGGUGGAGAAGGUCCCAGACUCCACCUACGAGAUGAUCGGGGGCCUGGACAAGCAGAUCAAGGAGAUCAAGGAGGUGAUCGAGCUGCCCGUGAAGCACCCGGAGCUGUUCGAGGCGCUGGGCAUCGCCCAGCCCAAGGGGGUGCUGCUCUACGGCCCCCCCGGCACGGGGAAGACGCUGCUGGCCAGGGCCGUGGCCCACCACACCGACUGCACCUUCAUCCGCGUGUCGGGCUCUGAGCUGGUGCAGAAGUUCAUCGGGGAAGGGGCCCGCAUGGUGCGGGAGCUGUUCGUGAUGGCGCGGGAGCACGCGCCCUCCAUCAUCUUCAUGGACGAGAUCGACUCCAUCGGCUCCUCCCGCCUGGAGGGCGGCUCCGGCGGCGACAGCGAGGUGCAGCGCACCAUGCUCGAGCUCCUCAACCAGCUCGACGGCUUCGAGGCCACCAAGAACAUCAAGGUGAUCAUGGCCACCAACAGGAUCGACAUCCUGGACUCGGCCCUGCUGCGCCCCGGCCGCAUCGACAGGAAAAUCGAGUUCCCCCCUCCCAACGAGGAGGCCCGCCUGGACAUCCUCAAGAUCCACUCCCGGAAGAUGAACCUGACCCGGGGCAUCAACCUGCGGAAAAUCGCGGAGCUGAUGCCGGGGGCCUCGGGGGCUGAGGUGAAGGGUGUGUGCACAGAGGCAGGGAUGUAUGCACUGAGGGAGAGGAGAGUGCACGUCACACAGGAGGACUUCGAGAUGGCCGUGGCCAAGGUGAUGCAGAAGGACAGUGAGAAGAACAUGUCUAUUAAGAAGCUGUGGAAGUAACGAGCAGCCCUGGGAGCCUUCCUGAGCCCCUGCAGGAGCCCAGUGCAGGAAGAGGAACUCAAUCAAUAUAUUAAUUAAUUAAUCAAAUACAAACCCACUGUACAAAA